UUAUUUUCUCUGCCCGUCUCUCCAGGGGCGGGGCGAUAAUCAAUCAAUAAAAAGAAAGGGAUGUUAUAGUAGUCAGGGGUUUUUAAUUCUCCUUCCAGCAAGGUAAUCCCCACCUUUUCGACUGAAUUUGGAAUCCGUCUUUCAAACGGCCGUUCAUUAAUUAUUACCGCAAAUACGGUUGAACAUUUCACACAACAGACGAAUUAUGUUCCAUAUACCCCACAACUAGUGUCUUAUCCCGAACUGAUUUUGAACAACCAAAUAGUGUGUCCAUCCAUACUCUUAGGAAGCGAUUAUUAUUAUGAAGUUGAGCCUACUCCUCUCCUUCGCCUACCUUCGGGCCAUCAUUUAAUACACACACUUUUUGGACCAAUCAUAGCUGGGAAAGGGUUUAUUCCACAAAAAACAACCCAGUCGUUAAUAACUAAUUUUAGUACUCACGAAGCUGUAGAAACACCUCCAGCCGAAUUUUUCUCACUAGAAGGUAUUGGUAUAAAUGAUUCGCCAAACCCGGAAGAGAAUGACGUUUUAAAGAAUUUUAAUAAAGAAAUAAAAAUGGUAGACGGUAGAUAUCAAGUUAAACUUCCAUUUAAAGCUUCCCCAGAGACUAUUCAAAUCCCUUCCAAUUUCGGUCUCUGUUGGGGUCGCCUCCGCUCAGUACACACAUCAUUAAUGAAAAAUAAAGAAUUUUUAUUAAAAUAUAAUAAUAUAAUUAAAGAGCAAUUAGAAUUGGGUAUAAUCGAAAUUGUUGAAAAUCCUCACGAAUACUCAUUCCCUCUACAUUAUUUACCGCACCAUCCGGUUAUAAAAGCCUCUAAUGGAAAAGUUAGAAUUGUUUAUGAUGGCUCCGCUAAAAUCGGUAAGGAAAUUUCACUGAAUGAAUGCCUACAUCCAGGCCCAGUAAUACUGCCCGAUUUAAUAGGAUUGUUAUUACGCUUUCGUAUCCCGAAAAUUGCUAUAAUUUCGGACAUAGCCAAAGCUUUUCUUCAAGUUUCUGUCGAUCCAUCUCAUCGUGACGCCACCAGAUUUCUCUGGUUGAAGGACAUUGAAUCACCUCCCUCUCAAUCUAACGUACAGAUUUACCGAUUCACACGUGUAUCAUUCGGUUUAGCGCCGUCUCCGUUUCUUUUAGCGGCUACAAUUCAGCACCAUCUCUCUUUAUUUCCUUCCCCUUUAGCAACAGAAAUUGCAAAAAAUAUCUAUGUAGAUAAUGUCUUUCUUUCAGCAGAAAAUCCUCAAGAAGGUCAAAUCAAAUCCUCAAAUUCUAUAGAGUUAUUCGACAAAGCAAAGAUGAAACUACAAGAAUUUGUUAGCAACUCGAGUGAAAGCAUAUCCCAUUUACCCGAAAACAUUAAAUUAAAGGGUAAUUGUCAAAAAUUUCUAGGUAUAGACUGGCAAACUGAAAAUGACUCACUCUCAAUAAAAGCUCUAUCAUUACCGCCGAAAGAUGCCCCGAUCUCAAAACGGGCCAUACUAACUUUCAUGGCUUCUCAUUUUGACCCUCUUGGGCUCAUUUCACCAGUUAUCCUACCAAUAAAAAUAUUUUUACAGUCGCUUUGGAAUGAAAAGAUAGACUGGGACGAAAAACUUUCUGAACAAUCAAUUGAAGAGUGGAAUUUAAUAACCCAAAGCUGGGACCCUAACUCAAUUAUUACAAUCCCACGACGAAUCUCCCAAUUACCAACAAUUGGUCGUACAUACCAGAUACACUGCUUUACAGACGCAUCGAAUCAAGCGAUGUGUGCAGCCGUUUAUUUAAGAAUUUCGCAUCCUUCCAGCCCCCUCUCCGACAAUUCUUUGAUUUUUAGCAAGAGUAAAGUAAAGCCAAUAAAUAAACCUAAUAAUCUUACAAUACCACGAUUAGAGUUGAUAGCAGCCCUAAUGGGGACUAGAGCCUUAAAAUUUAUUUAUUCCCAAUUAACCUCUGUAAUUAUUGAAAAACCGUUUUAUUUGUGGUGUGAUUCAACCGCGGUUAUCUCGUGGCUAAAUAAUAAAACACCUAUAAAGGAUAUAUUUGUACAAAAUCGAAUAAACGAAAUGAGAAAAUUGCAAGAUUUGAUUGCCACUCAUCUUCCAGGUACGAUUAAUCCCGCUGACAUCGGGUCUAGAGGCACACAAUCACUCAAUUCACUCGGCAAUUUACCACUCUGGUGGAGUGGCCCAGAAUUCCUAAAAUCAUCUCCAGAGAACUGGCCGAAACAAGAAAAAAUUAAGCCCUACAUUUCAAAGGAGUAUAAACAAAAAUCACCAUUACCUGUAGAAACUCCAAUAUUUACAUUUAAUAUAAAUGCUACAGAAGGACUCGACCUUAGUUAUUUUUCACGUUUACCCAAAUUAUUAAGAGUUCUAUCAUAUAUGUUCCGUUUUAUUUACAGAGUAAAAAACGGCCAACCUUUUACGGAAUCUGAAAGUAUUAGUUCAAAAGAAAUGCAACAAUCAUUAAAAAGAAUAAUCAGAAGCGAACAGACGACACAUCCAUAUACAGAACAAGAAAAGGAAUAUUUGGGCAUUUAUAAGGAUCACGAGGAUAUUUUAAGAUGUAAAGGGCGGUUGGGGAAAAGUAAUUUAACUCUUGAAACGAAAGAGCCCAUAUUUCUACCUUCACGUUCUUAUUUAACUUGCUUAAUAAUCUAUGAAACUCACUUACUUAAUAACCAUUCAAGUCCUUUACUGACGUUAUCCAUUAUUCGGAAACAAUUUUGUAUUCCUUCCGGCCGACGUAUUUCGGAAAAAUCUAUACAUAAAUGUUUAUCUUGCAGGAAAUACACUGCUAAACCAUUUGCUCUUCCACCCUUUCCACAAUUUCCCACAGAUAGGAUAGAACAAUCACUUCCGUUCUCGGCCGUAGGCCUGGAUUUUUGUGGACCAUUAUACAUUAAAACACCAUUUCUUGUACCAAAACAAAAGAAAACCACUCAAUUUGAUGUUAAAAAAUAUUGGAUUACCCUCUGGGUUUGUUUAGCUACCAGAGCAAUUUCUCUGGAUUUGAUCCCCGAUUUGACUCUCGACUCUUUUUCACUUGCAUUUAGAGGACAAACCGCAAAACACGGACUACCUAAAACCAUCUAUUGUGACAAUGCCCCAACAUUUAUAGCAACAAAAUCAUUCCUCUCAAAUCAUGCACAAAUUUCUCCCCCAAAAUGGCAUUUCCGUACACCGGGCGCAGCCUGGAAAGGAGGGCAUUAUGAAAGACUUGUUGCCUUAAUAAAAGGUCAUUUGAAACGAACUUUGGCGGGAGGAGCCAUUCCCCGCACCUUUCUUUUUCACGAAGUCUCGACCAUCCUCCUCGAGAUUGAGUUAGUAAUUAAUAGUCGUCCAAUCACCGUAGAUUCGGCUAACCCUGCCGACCCUAGACCAAUAUGUCCUUUGGACUUUCUAAAGCCUUGCGGGCACAAAGCUACACUACAAAUCUUACCCUCCAGCGAAGAAAAAGCUGAUGAUCCUGACUAUACUCCUUUUCCAUUAUCUAACCAACAAUCUUUGUCCAUCUUAUGGGAAAAACUUUCAAAUCGCACAAAAGCGUUUUGGUCCAGGUGGAAAAGUGAUUACAUUCUUUCUUUAAGAGAACGACAUAAAAAGUUGAAUUCCAUCUCUCAAAGAUGGCCGAUCACUAACGAACUAGUAAUUGUUUAUAAUGAAUCGACUCCCAGGUCCAAUUGGUCGUUGGCCGUAAUAAAAAAGAUAUUUUACACAGAAGACAAUUUUCCUAACACUGCACAAAUUAAAUUUCUCAAUGGGAACGUUUCUUUGAGAUCAGUUCACCACUUGUACCCCUUAGAAACCGCCGAUGAGAUAAAACAAAAGUAGGCGGGGGAGGGCGCGGUCGCGAUAAUUCUUAUUUAAUUUCACACCUUUUUCCUAUCCCCAUUCAUUUUUUAUUUUUUUCAAUCAACAAGCUUUAACAAAAGCUCACUUAAGCUAACUUCUUUUAAAAUAAAGCAUUACUCUUUAUGGGAAAUAUUAUUGC